CGAAGUGUUUGAUCCAAUGCGUCCGGAGCGGAACAGAACACCGGAGUGACACAGAGAGAUCCGCGGGUCUGCAGGGGCCACCGGCUGCUGGACGUACAUGUCUCCGCUCCCCACCGGCUCCGAGGUUUCUACUUCCUGUGACAUCAUCGCACCAUGCCUGAGGGGUCGCGGCGUGGCAGCCAGAGAUCGCCCAGCACCUCAGCCGCCAAGCGUCCCUCCUCGGUCUCGUCUCUGAGUGGGAUUGUGGGUAGGAUGAUGUCAUCCGGCGAGCGAGGAGCCUCGUCCUCCUCCUGCACCUCCGUCAACACCGUCUGUUCGGACAGCGAGCGUCCCGCCUCCCUCUCCCUCUCCUCCUCCGCCUCCUCCGUCUCCCUGCAGGACACUUCCCACUCCUCCUCCUCCUCUUCCUCCUCCUCUUCUUCCUCCCUGCCGUAUGGCGCCGUACCGACAUACAACGCCUCUUCGUCGUCGUCUUCGUCCUCCACGCCGAAGAGGAACGGCUCUGACAUCAGCCUGGACCUCACUCCCCUCGUCACGCCGCACGGAGGAGGAGCUGCUGGAGGAGGAAGAGGUGGGGUUGCCAAGGUGACAGGUGGAGGUCACGCCCCUGAUGGGCACGCAGCCAAUCCGGCGGCGGCAGCGGUGGCUACGCCCAGACAGCUUUCGCGGAUGGAGCGAGUGGUGCUGGAGAUCAUAGAGACCGAACAAGCCUACGUCCGAGAUCUGAAGAGCAUCGUGGAGGAUUAUCUGGGCUGCAUCAUCGACUGCAGCGCUCUGCCGCUGAAACCGGAGCAGGUCAGCACUCUGUUCUGCAACAUCGAGGACAUCUACGAGUUCAACAGUGACCUCCUGGAGGAUUUAGAGAGGAGUCCUCACGCUGCCGCCAUCGCCGAGUGCUUCGUCGAAAGGAGUGAAGCCUUCGACAUCUACACGCUCUACUGCAUGAACUACCCAAAUUCGGUGGCGGUGCUGAGGGACUGUAUGAAGAACAAGAGCCUGGUUCGUUUCUUCCAGGAGAGACAGACGACUCUGAACCAUUCUUUACCUCUGGAGACGUACCUGCUCAAACCAGUGCAGAGGAUCCUCAAAUACCAUCUGCUACUACAGGCGCUUUCUAAACACUUUGACAAGAGCGACCCCGGAUAUGAGGUUGUUGAGGACGCCAUCAUCACCAUGACAGCAGUCGCCUGGUACAUCAACGACAUGAAGAGGAAGCAGGAACAUGCAGUACGACUGCAGGAAAUUGAGUCCCAGCUGGUGAACUGGAGCGGGCCGGACCUCAGCGGGUUUGGAGAGCUGGUUCUGGAAGGUUCCUUCAAGGUCCACAGAGUGAAGAAGGAGAGAGCCUUCUUCCUGUUUGAUAAGAUGCUGCUGAUCGCCAAGAAGCGUCUGGAGCAGUUCGUCUACAGCACUCACAUCUUUUGUUGUAAUCUGCUGCUGGUCGAGACUCUGAAGGACCCUCUGUGCUUCAGAGUGUCCGAUCAGACGAUUCCCAAACAGCAGCACGUCGUCCAGACAAAGAACCAGGAGGAGAAGAGGCUGUGGGUGCACUACCUCAAGAGGCUGAUCGUAGAAAACCAUCCGGCUUCACUCCCACAGAAGGCGAGGCAGGUCCUGGGAGACAAUUUCUGUCAAUCUCCCCAGUUCGACCAGGAUAAGCUGAAGAAGUCCUCCACAUCGUCCCGAUUGGACGAUAUCCACGGCUAUCACAGAGGCAGACGCCAAUCAGAGCCUCCGGAGCUGCUGAUGUACACACCUGAGAAGUCCAGAAAGAGUCUGCCGCUGCUGCUGGAAGGAAACCUGCCAUACAAACGCACCAGGAGGCAGUCAGCUCCAGCCAAAGACAUCGAAGCAGUGUUUCAUCCCAACGCGUUGAAGCAGGCGGGCAGCGAGGGCGAGCUGUGCCAGGCGGACGGUCUGGGCUCGGCAGGCAGCAGCAGCACACUCGCAUCCUCCGUCAUCGAGGUGGAGGCCGAGCGGCCCGAGCCAGGCCUGACGCCACAGCUGCGACCAAGCCAAGAGGAAGAGGAGGAAGAGGAAGAGGAGUUGACUCCCCUCAGCCCCCCUCCCACCCUGUCCAUUACAGAGGAGAUCCUGGAGUUCAUCAACCAGAGCAGAGCCAGGGAGGGACUCACCGCCAUUCAUACCAGCUCAACGGAGCAGGUCUCGGAUCAGCCCAAAGAGAGUCCAUCUAACCAGACCAACUUUACCUGUCCACUGCCCCCAGUCGCCUGCCCCUCCAGCCCAGAGCAAAGACCCACAGUGCAACAGGAACAGGAAAGACCAGAGAUGGAGAAUGACAGCACCCCCCAAAGUCACGCUGGUGGUUCUGGAGAGGAAAAUGGACUCGAAGAUGAGACAUCAACAAAUGAAGUCAAAGAAAUUCCAGAUGCAACAAGUCCAGUUGAAAAGGCAUUGGAGGCGGAGGGACAGACGCAAGGAGACGUUGUUGACAAAGAGAAACAUGAGAAUAAAGGAAGGAAUGAAGAAGAGGGAGAGAGCAUCAUCCCUGCCUCCACAUCAGAUCUUCAUCCCUCCUUCUCAGCAAGAGAGAACAGCAGUUGUUGUCACUUACCCAGGGAGGAUGCAAACACCGAAGACACCUCUUCCUCUGCAAAUCCAGACCUCCUUCACCCCAACCAGAGACGCCAUCCACCCACGAGAGGCUCUCACCUCACCAAACGUGACAAGAAGAUCAUCGAAAAGAUCAGGAGUUAUUACGAGGCAGCGGCCGAGGCGAAAGAGGACGAGACAGGGGAGGAAGAUGAACAGGGAGACGGAGUGGCAUCAAGAAGGAGAAACAGUUUCUCUCAAAUCCCAUCUGGCUUGGUGAAGGAGUCGGUAUCACGCUUUGAUGUGGGUGGACACCAGGGGGAGCUAGAGAGUGGACCAUCCAAGUAUGAAGCAACGGAAGCAAUGGAUAGGGAGACAACUGGAGAGACAGGGUCCCAUUCCCCCGCUGACCCAGCCUCCUCCCAAACUCCACUCUCAGCAGAUACUGAGAAUGAUGGGCAGACAGAUAAACCAAUCAGCUCCCUGGAUUUUGAUGUAGAGGGCCCAAUCAAGUCCCCAAUCUCUAAUGUAAUGCUGGGCAAGGAGACCCCGAACCAAGUGGGUCUGAAUCUGCAGUCAAACCCAAACAGCCCUGUUGGAGAAGAGGCUGGGUUACAGGACAAAAAUGGAAAGGUCUGCAAAGGACCACUGGAGGAAGGACUGGAGGCAAAGCAGGAGGCAGAAACAAGUGUUGUGGCUACUGGGCCGCAAGGUGGAAAUUCACUGCUAGAAGAGGGACCAUCUAUUGCCAGACAGUACAAGUGCAGAGAUGAAACAGCCAAAACCAGUCCUGGAAACCAAGCGGCUUUGAACGGUCAUGAACCUAACCAAACAGGCCCAGCAGAACCAAAUGGAAGCCACAGAGAAACCUCUAAACCUCUGCCACCUACAGAGCAAUGCCAAAAAACUGAGACCAAAACUCAGUCCUCCUGGACUAGAACCAAAAACAGAGACCUGCCGAAGACCAGCGUGAACCUUGAGGUCCUUCCCAGUCAGAUAAAUGUAGGUAGAUGGUCCCACCACUCCAGAAUUGUCUCUGUGAACCGUGCUUUGUUCGAGGGCAUGGGAUCGGACGUGGCUGGUAUUGGGUUAUUUGAGGCCAGCCCUGUGGUGGACCCCAUGCUGAUGGAAAACUCAGAGCGUAUUCUGAGCAAGGUCCAAACAUUGGCCCAGAUGUACAGUGCCAAAGCCAGCACCAUGAAGGUCCCACUGCAUCAGAAAAGGGCCAGUACUGUACGGAAUCCAUCUUGGAGCUCAGGUAGACUGUCUGGAUUUUUAACUCAAAAACAGACCCUGACUGAGUACCAGCAACAAAACCAAAUGGAAAAGAGUCAGUCAGAUGCCCACACUGAGAAAUAUAGAAGCCAAACUCAUUCUGAGGCCAAAUUUCAGAGUGAAACCAUAACAGAAACUAGGCAGCAAUCACAGAUCCAAACAAAAAAACAGAAGUGGAGUCAGGCAAAGACGCAUUACCAAAUCCAGAACCAGGCAAAGACUUACAACCAGUACCAGACCCAAACCAUGACCUGGCAGGACCAAACAAUCCAGGAGGAGAGGACGAUAAAGAGAGCAGAGAGCCUGACAAAUGAUUUCCAGGAGACAGCGGUGACUCCCUGUGAACCUCUACUUGUUGGUCAUGUGCUUGUCAAAGAGCAGCUAGCCUCGGCCUGUCACCACCAGACGAAUGGAUUCACCCUCUCCAGGCCCAGGGACUUCAUCUCUGCUUUGGCCAAAGAAAGAGACUCUAGUGUGGGCUGUACAUCAGACGACAACUCCCAGACUUCCACCACACCUGAGGAAAAUCCAUCCACUUUUCAAAAAGAUCAGCCUUCCAGCCAGGGCCAGGCUAACACCUACAACUCCAGGCACACCUCCACGGACACAUCCUUGGCUUCUGCAGCAUCCGGGCAUCAGCUCAGAACACAACCUGAAGAUCAGAGCUCCUGCAUGAGCCGCUCUGACAGUAACGCCCCCUCGAUGUCAAACAUGACACCCGACUGUAGAGCCACCGAGUUCAGGGACUCCCGCUGUACGUCCUCCACCGUGAGAGAUGAUGCCUCGAGUCAAAACGGGGAGGUUUAUUCAGAUGCUGAAGGGAAAGAGAAAAGAGAGGGGUCGGAGCUGAGCGGUAGAUGCCUGGUUGACUCAGUGAGAGAAGACUCAACCUGUGUAAACAUCAUUUCCCAGCCGGCACAGUCUGAGUCAGAUCUCUCUGCUCACAACAUGCCACAGUGGGAAAUUUCUAAAGAUGGAGAUGAGCAGGACAUGUAUAAACGGGGUAAAGCUGCACAAGAUAAACAUGUACCAGAAUGCAAAACUUCCACAGGGCAUAAUAACGACAAAGAUAUGUCAAACAAAGAUGCGCAGAGUAUUCGUGCAGAGCCUGAAUACUUGGUUUGCACAGGACCCAGGGAUGGAGAGGCAUCCCCAGGGGAGCUGGUACUGAUGGUAGCAUCUACACAAAGCCAGGCUCCAACAGAGUCCAGCAGGUCCACCAUGCCCGCUCUCCCAGAACUGUCCAGAGAGCAGGCCCAUAGUGGAACGCUUUACCUGGUGGAGGGAGGUGCCACAACCCUGGGGGAGCCAAAGAAAGAUGAGCCCCCAAGUGAGCAGAUGAAAUUAAAUGAGACAGAGAAUGAUUUGAAUCACUCUUCACCACAAACCAGGAUGAUUCUACAAGGUUCAACGGUGAUCUUUACAGAACAGCCAGCUUAUGACAAAUCCUCAGGAGACCUGGUUGUUCCACCCCUGAGCCAGCCUUUGCACAUGACCUUUGACCCCUCACAGGUUUCUAGUCAUACAGUCACAGAAACCCCAGAGGAUCACAAAAGACGGACACCACCAAGUCCGUCGUCGUUGGCUCAAAACUCAGAACCAAAUCCUACCCAACCACGACUUCCAUCUGUGCAGAAUAUGGACUUUUUACCAACGUUCACAAGCCAGAGGCCACCAGACUUACCCACUACCAUGGGUAAACGGGCUCUGUCUAACACCAGGAAUGUCAGUACCACCUCUCCAAAUGAACACAGUUCCAGGGAAGCAGACCAGCAGGGUUCACGAGCCGCCGCUGAGGUUUUCAUUUCCAGCCUCCCUUCAGGCGGCUGCCAGCCUUCCAGACCCUCCUCUGAAACAUCCAGCCUGGUGGAGAGACCUAACCCAGCUAUGGCCAUCCCUGGCCAGAACACAGACCUCACCACAGCCCCCUCAGCCUUUAGACCCAGCCUAAGACACCGCUCCCCUUCCCCCAUCAGAGCUUUCCCUUCCUCCUCCUCCUCUUCCUCUGUCCAAACACCCCCUCGUUACUCACCAUUCAGCAUUGUUCCAGCAUCAUCGGCUGAAGAUACCUCCCUGAACACUGUCUCCAGGGCUCUUCCCUGUUUUUCUUCAACUGGGAGGGGUUCCUUGAUGCAAGCCCCCGCUGCCUCCUCUCCUACACCCUUCUCUGCUUUCACCCCCUCUUCCUCUUCUUCUGGAAGAUCUUCAUCCAUAAGAGCAGGUCCUCCUUCCUCCCCUACCCAAUCCUCUUCUCUCCGCUCUCCUCCAUGCUCUUCCCCCAUUGCUUCUUCCUCUGCAUUCUCUAGAUCCUUAGCUGCAUCCUGUAUUAGCCAGUCGAUCAGUCAGAGUAUGGCAAGAAAGAACACCGGCCUGCAACAAGCCCCACCCAUAAGCACAGUAAAUCAAAGCCCCUCCUCUCAUCUACGACGGCGCUCCCCUUCACCUAAACUCCCUGCCGGUCACCAGGGUUCCAGCACGCCUGCACAUGCCCAGCUGGGCUGCACUAAAGAUGGGUACCAAUAUCCAAGGUGUCCGUCGUCCUCGCUCUGGUCGUCUUGCCCGUCUCCAUCCUCACCAUUCGUAAAUCUGGCACACCAUCAGCUUCCCUCCUCUUCUUCCUCUUCCCCUCGACCUUCAUUCAUUCACUCUAAAAGUGACUCAUCACAGAAUGCAAACAACAACAAUAACAACAUAAACUUAGCAGGUAUAACCGUCAGCAAUGCAAGUAAUACCAGCAGAUGUAGCAUUAGCCGUGCCAUCAGUAACGGGGGUUGGUCAGUGAGUCCACAGAAGGCACAACUGACUAAUGGUCGAGCUAACACCACAGUAAUGCAACAAACCCAUGAUCCUCUCUGGUCAGGGUCACACAACCGUGUAGCUCGGCCUUUUUCUGCAUCCGAACCCAGCUCACGAGUUCAGUCUCCAUCUCCCUCUCCAACACCUGCCUCCUUUGCACGCCUCUGCUCCCCACCUCCUCAACAUAAUUACUCCUCUCCCAUGGCCAACAAACCUCCCCACCCCCGAAGCACACGGGUAGGAGAUGCAAGUUCCUAUAACCCGCUAGGACUCACUUUGGACCUACCCAGGGCCUCUUCAGCAAGCUCAGCAUAUGGACAGUCUUCCUCAUGUCUGAGCCCUCGGAUCCUGUCCCCGCCUCCAAUUGGCGUGUCAGUGAAUGUUUGGACAAACAAUGUUGCAGCACCUCAACCUAGAAACCCUAGACAUGCUAUCUCUUCUCCCUCUCCUUCCUUUUCGUCAUCAUUGGGCUCACCAACACUGGAGAAUGCCUCUUUCCCUACUUCCUCAUCUUCUGUGUUUCCAAUGCGUAGUUCCAGAUCCGCCUCCCCUUCUGCAUCCUGUCCUCCUGCAUCCCAAACAUCCUCUCAAACCCUCCGCAGGUCUUUCUCCUCCAAUCUGGCAGACACACCCCCUAGCCCGACCCGGAGCAAUCCUGGUGGACUGCGCCGCUCUUGGGUAGACAGCAGCCGCAGGUCCCUUGGUUUCAGUGGUAAUGGCAGAGGGUCCUUUGACCAGCAGGAGUCCUGUCCAACCAGUCCUAGGAGUGGAUGGUCCUCGUACGGCAGCUCACCAUCCUGCCUCAGCCCUCGAGCUGGGCUUCAAUCCCCACUCUCACCUAGCAGGCUUACCCCAGGGAAGGGCACCCUUGGGGGGCAGCAUUUCACCAGUGUGCCCUGGCCAGAUGUACGAGAGCUUUCAAACAAAUACAAUGGAACUGAUAGCAAUGACACAAGCGUCACUUCCACCAUCAUCGACUCCUCUCCUUCUCCUCUCUCCUCUCUCGCUCACACCCUCCUCUCCUCUCCAUCAGAUAGCCAGACAGACUGGGGAGACCCGGAGCUAGAGGAGGGUAAUUGUCGCAGCCAGCUGAUAUGUGCCUAUGUUGCCCGGCCCUCCCGUGAACAAAACCUCUCCUCAGGCAUGACCUCUCCUUCACUUUCCCCCUACCAGCACCACAGCUGCCAAUCCCAAGUUAAACCACAGCCUCAGGUCCAAAUCUCCAACACAACACCUUCUCUGCCCUCAAGCCCUUCUCCCUUGCCCUCGAGCUCAUCACCGCUACCUUAUGCCCACUCAUCUCCUACCAAACAGGGGAACCAGAAGACCAGUUAUGCCACCACGGUCAACCUCCAGAUCGCUGGAAGUGGCCGAAUAACUUGCUUCAGUACUGCCCAAGUCAGCCUGACCCAAACCCUGCAGGGUGGAACCGGAGCUGGAGGACCAGGACAGGGGCAGAUGACGAGAAGAGUAAGCAUCAAUGGACUUUCACAUCUUCCUUCCCCUCUUCCUCAGAACUGUAACAGGCUAUGAAAGAAAGAGAGUCUUUAUGUCAGGGUCUGACAAGAAAGAAAGGCCAAAAGAGAAAAGGCAUUAGAAAAGACUGUACAUUCAGCCGAGACACAAAGUGGACAAGUCGUGUCACUGCUGGUUUCGAAUCUGGUUUCAGUGGUCCAGACCACCAGAGCUGUUCCCUGGCAUUUCGUGAACCAUGAACCCCUGUAACACCAUGAGUCCACCACAUUGAAAAUGAUCUUUCUCAAAUGGGAAGGCAUUGUGUACUUCCACUCAGGAAUAAGGCCACAUCUGAGGGACAUAGCAAAUGUUGUCAACCUAAUUCAACACUGAUUUUAAGUCAAGAUGUGUUUGGUGUCAGAUGUUAUUCAGACUACAGAUUGAAUUUUCAUGACUUCUGGAAAAGCUUUAUAUCCAAGCAUCACACAGAUAACCUUCCAAGAAUGAAAAUUCUGCCUGCAUGGGCUCAUAGUUUUCAGUCUUCACUAAUGACUUUGAAUGGAUGCUAAUGGAAUAGCUUUAAAGAUCCUAACAUUGUAAAAAGUAAAGAAACAUAUAAAUGGAAAAAUGUCACAUAGCUGUGUUAUUGCUGGAUGAGCACCCAAAACCCCUUAACAACCACAGUCAGGUGAGAUGAAUUCAUAAAGGCGGCAGUCUACAGAUCAGGUUACACACCUGUGGUUGUAUUCACGAUGCUUCCAAAGAGCUCAGUUCACUUUCUGAGCAGCUCUGGACUCUCAGUGUGGACGUGCUGAACAAUUCAUUUUAGAUACUUUUGUAAUAAACGGUUAAACUGGUAACUUUUAGCUUUUAAUGAGCUGGAGUACGUCCAUUUUUGCUAAUCCUGCAAGAAGGUCCAGCGUCCAACCUGUGCUAUAUGCAGUCACAGUUACCUAAUGUAUUAUUAUUUUUGUUAUUAUUAGGUUUGUUUGCUCUUUCUCAGUUUUUUUUUUUUAUUGAUCUGUUGAACAAGCAUCAUUGUCUGGUUAUAUGAGGUCAGUGUUUAAGGUUGGUGAUAACUGUGGUUAUUAAUAAUCUUCUUUUUUUAACCAUCUUAUUAUUCAUUUUUAUUUUAUUGUUUAUUUAUGAAGUUAGUCUUAUUCUCUUUGGCACUUAUUGUCCUUAAAGUAAUGUUGGUAUUUUGCACAGUGUCCUCAGCUCUUGGGUGCAUGCAUUAAGUGUGUGUGUGUGUGUGUGUGUGUGUGUGUGUGUGUGUGUGUGUGUGUCUGAAAUGACGUGUCUGGGAAGUUCUCCUUUAACUUCAGACCAAGCCAAUAUCUGUAUGUUUUUGUGCUGUGUGUGUUCCCACACUCAUGUACUCGGUUGGUUCGUUGACUUCACACUCUCCCCUGUUGUCAGUGUCCUGCAGAAAGCUUGCAUGUUGAGCGUCACCGGGUUUUUUAAAAGAUCAUCUGCAUGACAUCUGCCAUGAUGAAAGGAUUUACUUUGUAGUAGUUUUGGCAACACACGGGUAACGUAUCUUUCUAACAUAUCUUUCAUAUGUUUACAGUCGGUGAUUAGCGUAAUGCAUAAAGCUUACAGUGUUCAUUUUUUAUUGUCUGUCAAUAAAACACAUACAUUUAAUGCCCCCGCACCUUCAACAGUUUCCCGUUGGGAGAAAACACUGUUCACGCUGUUCACGCUUCCUCUUGCAAUGAGCACAUGUCAGAAAGUUCUUCCACUGAUGGAAAGUGAAGACAGAAACAUCUGAGGAAACACAAAUAAUAAAAAAAACACAUUACUGAAAGUGUGGUCUUCAAUAAGAACACUUUUUAAAAAAUAAAAAUAUAUAAAAUAACACUGUAAAAAUUUAGGUUGUAAAGUUUUGCGAAACAUUUGGAUGGCAUAUGUAUAAAAAAUAAAUAGAUGUGUGGUGUCUGCAGGAUGCUGGUGACAAACUGGAGAGAACAUUUGUUUUUUGGGAGAUGGUGAAAAAGGGAAAUAUUAACUAAAUGUGCAUCCAGUAUUCCUCAUAGAGUCAGUGAGAUGUUUGGAAAAUAAAGGUAUG